AUGGAAGAAUUGUCAAUCCUAGAUGAGGUCCGUGUACUGUUGGUUAAUUAUGACGUAUUCCUGGAUCGGUAUACUUCUACCUUACAAUCAUUGAGCUCGAUUGUAGUAAAGUCAUCUACGGUGAAGAAUUACAGAAUAAUGUUGGCAAACAACAAGGAGUUAUGGAAUGCUAUUGCAAAAUGCAGUAGGACUGCAAAUAGAGGCACGUUAGAAUCUAUUAAAGACAGAAACUUUUACCUCAGGACUGUCAAAGGCGUUGUACUGCUCGCAAGAAACCUUUCAGUUGAAAACCAAAUCCUACCUCAAGAGUUUUCAUUGCAAGACAAUGUUGUCGAUUUUUUAUCCAGUUUUCAACCAUUAUAUGAUGAGAUGGAAGUGGCGCUAUAUCAGGUUGGUUAUGAAUUUUUGUAUAAUAUAUCUAGGAAUUGCAUCACUUUCAACCAGGCCACCUUAGAUGCUCUAUGUCAAGUGCUCAGUUAUCCAAGUAGGUUAGAAUGUAACGAAGCUUUAACGUUACCAUGGUCCCUUUAUUUUUCCAGGAUAAUCAGAAAUGAGGAGUUUGCAUAUUGUUUCCUGAAACAUCCAAGCUGUGAUCAGAUAUUGUUUGAUUACAUGAUUGAAGACAUUAUAAAGAACAAUACUAACUUAUUCGAUGCAAUCGGUACAAAAAGCCAUAGUUUAGAAGAGCUGUCCACUCUAGGCUCAAUUCAGGCGGAUAUUUGGGUUUGUAUUGUUUCAAAUGAGUCAUUUACUAAAUAUUUGAAGAAAGUUGAAUCCCAGAACUGGGACAUUUUUCAUAACAUAUUGCUGUUGUCACAGUUGAUCGUCACUAGUUCAGAAAAAUGGGAUAAAUAUCAAUUGACAUCAAUUAUGGCAUGGGCUUAUGGCAUUUUUGAAUCUGCUGCGAAAAAUGUAGAACUCUACUUUGAAGAUGACUUAGAUGAUGAUCUUCUCGCACAUCGAUUGCAUCAAAAUAUGACAAUAUCAUUGGACAUUAUUUCUGCACUAUCCAAGUUUGAACAUGUCCGAAAGUUUAUUUUGUUUUACGGAGGCUUAGAAGUGUUAAUUAAAACCCUAGGAACGCUUCAAAAGAAUUGUAUAAAGAUAAACUUCCACAAGGAUACAGCUGGUGUGGUUAGCAAUGUUAUAACUACUAAUGAUAUGGGUGAAAAGAUUGAAAAUACUAAAAAAAUUAACAAACGAAUAGAUUAUGCCAGUGGAUCAAUCAAACCCACUAAUUUUCCGGAAUGUAAAUCUUUGAUAAUAGAAAUAUUGGGAUUUUUAGCCUAUAAAAACAGAGAAGUGCAAGACAAAUGCAGAGAGCUGCACGGUAUGGAACUUGUCCUUUCAAAUUGUCUGAUAGAUGAUAAUGAUCCAUUUAUUAAGGAAAGAAGUAUCAUCUGCAUAAGGUUAUUGCUUGAAGAAAAUCAAGAGAACCAAUGGUUUGUCGCUCAGUUAGAGGCAAAGAAAGCUGUAGACAACGAGGUUCUCUCUCAGGCUGGGUAUGAAGUAAAGAUAGAUCAUAGCGGACAAAUUCAACUAGCUAGUAAGCCCACUGGUGAUAUAGAUGACACUAAUGUAAUUAUGUCAUAG